UGGUGCACUUUGUUUUAAUGAAGAAAGUCCAGACAUAGUAGAUGAAAAUUGGUGGAGUGAUACAAAUUUUAUCAAAAAAUUGAAACCUUCAGGAAUUUUUUUUAUUGUAUAAGUAAGACUUUAACAGAAAACGAAGCACUAAAUUUUGCACAAAAAAAUAAUUUGGAUCUUGUAUGUGUUAAUCAAGCUUGGGUUUUUGGCCCAUUUGUUACUCCUCAAUGUCCUAUACUAGUUCUUCGACACAUGCCCAUGAUUAUAAAAGGUAAUUGGACAAAUAUUGAGUAUGAUUCUGGAUUUAUUCCAUUCGUCCACGUGGAUGAUGUUGCUCGAGCUCAUAUAUUUCUUUUGGAAUGUUUAAAAGUUAAAGGGAGGUACGUUUGUUCUUGUGUAGAUUUAACUCCAGAUGAAUUGUCUCAAUUUUUAAGAGCUAGAUAUCCUCAAUACCAAAUUCCAACUUUUGAUUGUUUGAAGGUCAUGACAAAAGCAUUUAAGUUCCCUCGUCUUUCUUCUAAGAAAUUGUUGGACACUGGAUUCAAGUACAAAUAUGAUCUUCGAGAUAUGUAUGAUGGAGCCAUUGCUAGUUGCAAACAAGUUGGGUUUCUCUAGAAAUAUUUUCUUGGGGAUGAUAAUUCGAUAUCAAUAAAUUAAUUUUGAUAUAGCA